AUGUCAGCUAGAGUGCGUUUCUCGGGAGAGCCACCAAAUCAGAUGAGAGCCGCUCCAGCUAUGGCCGAAUCAUCGGGAGGACAAUCGCUCGCAUCGGCUCUUUUCUCUCGUCCAAUGCCAAAAACGUAUCCAGAAGUUGCCUAUUCGAUGGAUAUCUUCACUGCUGCGAGUAUUGGUGAUAAUGAUGUUAUCAAGAGUCAAAUCCUGCGCGGUAUCGACAUCAACGCUCGAAAUGUGAGCGGUUGGACGGCCCUUCACUAUGCCGCGUAUUUAGGCCAUGAGGCAACGGUUUCUCUCUUUUUGGACAAUUCAGCUCAGAUUGACACCUGUAAUGCUCGUGGUCAAACGGCGUUGAUGCUAGCGUCCGCAUGCGGGAACUUGUCAACCGUGAACUUGUUGUUGAAGAGAGGAGCUAGUGUCGAUCGCGUUGACAUUAGCAAUCGACAGGCCCUUCACUAUGCAGGAGCUUGUAGCCAGAAUACCGUGACAGAUGCUCUGUUAGCCAUGGGGGCCGAUCCGAAUUCCAGAGACCAAGACGGAAUGACUCCGACACUCGAGGCCUGUUCAGCUGCGCACGAGCUAACUCUUCUUGCUCUACUUGGAAAAGGAGGAGAUGUGAUGGCGAAAAAUAGCAAAGGCGAUGAUGGAGCGGCUCUGGCAUCAGAGUGCCCUUCAAUAGUUCAAAUUAUACGACAACAUCAAGACUUUGACGAUAUGGGCAUAGCCUAUGGGCCAAAGAAGAAAAUGCUCAAAGUCAUACAAAAAUACAAAGAGGUCGGAGCAAUCGUUGUCGAACAGUUUGAUGUUAGAGGAACUGCAUCUGCCAUGCCAACUGACGAGAUCCAGCAAACAGCCGUGCGGGAAAUGACCUCAACUUUGCGAUUUGUUAAGGAAGGAAAUGAAAACAUCAAGCAAUACGCUUUAGAAGCACUAGAAAAGCUCGCAAAUAGCUCAAACGCUCCACAGUUGAGAUCACUUCUUACCAACAUCAUUGAUUUAACGGAACAAAUUGCUGCAAGAACCACUAGACAUGCGUAUAAA